CUGACUUGUCAGACUUCGAGAGCUUUGGACAUAGCGAUCAGGAUGCAUGCUAUCCCUUUCGCCAAAUAUGACAGCUCUCAGCAAUAAAAGUAAUUAAUUAAGCACAUGGUUAGUUGUAACAGUUCUCGCUAUUUCGAGAUAUCCACCAUUGCAAUCCAAUGUACACAAUACCUAACUUCAGCUGGUUGUCAAGAAAGAGCUAAGGGUCCACUGAAAGUUGGACUAGGAUGCCACACAAGCUGCAGUUUCGGGUUGUGCAUGCUUCUGGAGAGGAUGAUGUACACAAGGCAGGUGACCUGAAUUACCACGGCCCUCUUGCUCAAGGAUGGCAGUCUUCUAGGUUCUGCCUAUAUCCCCAGGAUAUUGUAGUGCAGCUGGAAGAAAUAAGCCGGAUCAGAAAGAUACAAAUCUUGAGUCACCAGUACUUGAUUCCAACCAAGAUUGAGUUUUUUGUUGGUGAUGUGCCAGAUGGGACCCCCCUUUUACUCGAAAAUGCAAGAUAUACACGACUUGGGUAUGUAUCUCUCUCUGACAAUGAAAAGACAGGUUUUAAAGCUAGGGAACUCAAGUCGGUCCAUGUUGAUGCUGUGGGAAGAUACCUGAGGCUAAACAUCCACAAAAAUCAUAUCAACAAACAUAACCUUUAUAACCAGGUUGGCAUUGUAGCCAUUAAUGUUAUUGGGGAUGAAGUAAGGAAACCUGGUGAUAUCAAUGAUCCAGAUUUAUUCAUUGAUGUGAAUGACAAUCGUGCAGUUGACAGAGACCCAAUUCUUGAUGGAUUAUUCAACAAACCAGACUAUAUAUCGCCAUUGGAUGACCUUGCCUUUGACAUGUACCAAGAUCCUGAGAUUGCCCAGAUUAUUCGGAAAUUAGAACGCAAGAAACAGGAAGCUGUGCUACAGGAGAGAUAUGACUAUGCCAAAAGGUUAAAAUUGGCCAUUGCUGAGCUGCAGAAGGUUGGGGAAAAACUGGGAAAGAUGGAAGUUGAAAAAAGGCAGGCAGUGGAAAAUGAAGACUAUGAUAAAGCCAAAGUCAAGAAACUUCAGAUGGAUGAAUAUCGCCUACAGAUCUACAAAGAUCUCAACAUCAAUGACCUGUUAGAAACCACUGGGACUCGACAUUCAAUGAAAAUUGAUUUUGGUCCUGAGUCGUACCGGCAACCUACUCCACCUCGGCUAAUUGAAAAAGAAUACAGCCCCCCACCUCCGGUGCUGCACUCACCAACACCACGAGUAGCUUAUGAUGAAAGACCCUUGCCUGCAGCAAAGAACAAACCUCCUGCACCACAACCUGAGCCUUCUCAGCCUUCUGCUUCUCCUAAGACACACAGUGAGCGCAAUCUUCCAGUUCAGAGACCCAUAGUUGCAGAGGAGGAGUUAGAACCAGAUAUAAACCAAGGUGAGCCUGAGCCUAUGACUGAGGUAGAUCUGAGGGAGGCAUCUUCUGCCAUUGAUGUCUUUGGACUUCCACUUGUGUCCAAGGCUUACUCCAAAACCUGGUCCUAUCGUGAGGAUGCUCUGCUGGCUGUGUAUAAACAGAUGCAAGAACUGUCAUCGUCUUCCAAUAAGGAAGAUGCAAAAACUAUGAUGCGGGCAGCCAUAUUUUUGGUAAAAAAAGGAGUUGAUGACAAUGUUUAUGCAGUGUUCAAGGCAGCUCUUUCAUUACUGAAGAUGCUUUUGACAGAGUUUGUUCCCAAGCAUAAGAUUCCUAAGCAAGACACGUCAUCUGCUGUCGAAAGAAGUCUGCAAAAUCUACUUCAUAAAACUGGAGACACAGCUGCAAGGAAUCGAGAUGAUGCUAAACUGUUUGUUAUGGAUAUGGCCAGAUUUCCAGAAGUAAAGCCUACACAAACAGUUCCUCACGAGUGUGUCAAGCCAUUCAAGUUGAAUAUGGCCCCACGCCAGGCUCAAAGUCGUGCUGAGAUUGUUGAGAUGCUAUACAAAGACUUCAGACUAAAAGACGGACUCACCCUUGACAAUAUCAUGGGCUUCUGCACAGUAGCUUUGCAACACACAGCUGGGGAAGUGAGAGAAGUUUCUGAGCGAAUCAUCAAGCAGCUGUAUCGGGAUGUGGGGGCUCCUGUCAAGAGUUACCUUCCAGUUGAUGAUGAAAAGACACGCAAGAAUACUCUAUGGCGAAUGCUUUUUGAAUACUUUGAUAAAGUGGAUGGAAAGCCUAGCAAAGCAGAUAUAAAGAAGCAUAAAGCAGAGGAAGAGGCCAAGAAACAAGCGGAAAUUGAGGCCUUACAGAAACAGCUUAAUGAACUGAAACAGCUGACUGCAGCAAAGGAAGGAGGGAAAGAUGGACCUAAACCGCAGAAAAAAAAGCCAGAAGCAAAGAAAAAUGUACUGCCUCCAAAGACCAAGAAAGAUGAUGAUGAAGCAUCUACUUUUAAUACUGACAGCCUUCACAAUCAAAGUAUACCAGGGAUCUGCAUCUUCUGUGGAGAACGAAACGAAGCAUUCACGGAGGAGGGCCUGGAUAUUCACUACUGGAAGAGUUGCCCCAUGCUAAAACGUUGCGCAAAUUGCAAGCAGGUGGUGGAGAUAGCUACCUACACCGAGCAUGUAUUAACAGAAUGCGAGGCAAAAAGUAACUUUGGAAAGUGCCCACGCUGUUCAGAGGCCAUCCCUCACGCUGAGUUGGAUCAGCACAUAGCAGACAAGACCUGCAACCCUGCAAAACCAAACAUGAACCACUGUCCACUAUGCCAUGAGAACUUGCUCCAGGGUGAGGAGGGUUGGAAAGAACAUUUAAUGGGACAUGAUGGCUGCAAACAGAACCCACGACGUCUUCUUGCUGUCAACAAACAACCUGGGAAAGGCGGACAGCCAUCCAGGAUAGCUAAACCAAUCAAAGCUGGGGGAAAGACUCCCAGAUGAUGAGCUGACCAAGCUGCUGUAGAGGUUGUUUCUUUAGAAAACUACUGUAGCGUAGUGUACAACAUUUCAAGAGUGGAAGACAUCCACAAUGACUGUUCUUCAGCAUGUUAGUCUUGCAUUGUAUUGCUAGUCUUGUAUUGACAAGAUAUUUUGGGAACUCUGUGACCUGAUGACACUAAAUAAUAAAAAAAGAGGCAUUCAGACACUGCACUGCAUUUCACACUUGCCCCAAUCUGAGCUUGCUUUCUGAAAAGUAUGGAUGGCUUUUCCUGUAGCCUUCCUCCUAUUCCACCAGUUGGUGUGUGUGGGUAAAAAUAUGACGUGAAGAUAUUAUCAUGCUCUUAUGAAAAGAUAUUCUGUCAGUUUUUAGAAAACAUAAUAUCAGAGUUUCAGAUGAUAUGCUUCAGAACAAGUGGCAGUUGCUGUCAUGGAGUAUCGGCAGGAGGUGGGGGUUUAUUUGUUUGCUGCUGUGCUUUAAGAGCUGUUUUGUGAUCUGAUGCAGUGCCUUUCCAGAACUCUCCAAACAAUAAAUCUGUACAUUAAUUUUAAUACCAACACCUUCAGUUUGUGAGAUUUUUUUUUUUCGAGUAUGUGGCAGUGCAGAAAAACUUCAUUGCAAGAAGGAAUUCUCUUGUUGCUAUGAAAAAAAACACAGAUUAACUCAUGAUUACCUUGAAAGCAUGUCAAAAAAAACUUCUACUCAGUGGCUGAACAAGAAACCCAGAGCUGUCAGGAGCUAAAGAAACUGUAUUCAUGGGUCUUUUCUAAUCAGCUGGCGGUGUUGGUCAACACUUUCUCAUUGCCUAGCCAAGAUGAAAUGGAAACAAAAAUAAGAGGCAUUAUACUUUUUCUCCUAUACUGCAGAGGCCAAAUGUGUAAAUUCUUUCUUUCAUUGUGAUUCCUCUUAAUCUAGGAGAAAAAGAUGUAUUUAAAUAUUGCAUGAAUGUAGUGUAUUGUGCAAAUGAGAUUUAUGUAAGUCUGGAUAAAUAUUUUUUUAUUGCAAGCUAUUAUUUUUAUUCCUAACUAUGUGUAAUCUGAUGUAAUUAAUACAGCAACAUAUAGGGCAUACAUGGAGAAGAAAGCAUGCAUGCACGACAAGAAGAUGAACUGUCUAUUUAAUUUUGUUCGAAACUUAGUUUGGAACACUUUUUUUGGUUAAAUACGCUUAAUUCACAAUACUUUGUUUAGGAGCUGGGCAGUACCUUGGAUGUCAUAUUUGUUCACUUUAAGCAUUUUUCAUCUUUCUCAAAGAAACUCCACUUGACUAACAUUUUGAAAUGAUUUAUUUUUUCAUUUAGUAAUUUUUUUAGCUCAUACAUGGCCAAAGGAGAGGGUUAGGUCCACCUUCCACAUACUGUGCUUUAGACAUGAGAAACUGCAUAAAGUUCACUCUCCUACAACCACCAAGCUACCUGUUUCUUUAAAUGUACACAUUUAAUUUUUUGUUUUCAUUUUCUUCUUCAUAAAAAAUACACUUAAACAUUGUCUGACCUAUUUCUUUUAGUCUAUUGCCAUAGUUGUAGUCAUGAUCAAGCCUAUUAACUCUGGAAUGCAGUCUUUGGCAUUCUGGUAUUCUAACACGAUUGUUACUGUACUUUAGUUUUAAGAUCAAUUGCUUUGGGAUGCAAAGAAAUAUCCUUUUCAUGUCCUACCAUUGUGAGCAAAGAACUACAAGGGGUUCUGAGAGUGGCAUAUUCUGUCCAUAAAUACAUGUGUAAAAGUGUACAUGUGAUGGUUUAACUAUAUAAUGACUGUAGCCAGAAUUUGGUGUUUAUGAAGCAAUUUAUGAUUUUCUAAGUAUCAACACAUGGCUAUGCUUGCUCCCAUUACCAUCAGAACUUUCAGUCUAAUGGCAUGAUAAUACAGAAAUAAAAUUCAUUCAGGUACUGUCUUUUAGAAGGCACUAGAUCUUUCAUAGAAGAGUUUUUGUCAUACAUUUCUCAGCUAUGGGUAAAGAUGGUAAUAUCUUGCAACCAAGAAUAAUCUUAGAAGCAUUGAAUAUUUGAGAAAAUAUUUUCACUUCAUUUUUUGCUUUGAGUAGGAAAUUUCAUAUAUCGUUAAACUUGCUCUGCUCCAAAAAUGUUUCCCGUAGGAUAUAGGUUUUUUGCAUUCUAUAUAUAAUUUAUACUAUGUUCAGUUUAUUUAUUGCAUGAUGCAAGUGAUAUAGCAUUUACUUGCAUAUUAUGAUCUGUAAACUGCCUUUUACAGUGUAACUGCAUUUUCUAAAGAAUGCUUCUACUUGAGAAAAACAGCUAGUUUACUUAUUCAUUGAAAAUUAAAUUUCUUUAAGCAUCUCUAACAAUUUUAAAAAGUAGUCAAACAUGUAUUUCUUUUUUGUGUGGAAUGGUACAAACAACAAUGUCUCCAGAUGAUGAAAAUUGUCUGUGCCUCAAAUACAAAGGUUGGGUCUAAUUUUAUCAAUAAAUCCAGACGGUUCAAACAA